AUGAUCGAGUCCGAAGUGGCGCAGACGCUCAUGAGCCUGUCGGCGCCCGACGAGCGCAAGUUCGCCGACAACCCGCUGUACGCGGCCGAGCCGCCCUCGGCCUGGCAGGCCAGCAAGAAGCGCGCCUUCGCGGCGUUCGACGCGGGCGUGGCCAGCUCGCUGCCCUCGGCCAGCUUCCUGCAGCUGCGCGGCGACGGCUACAGCUCGUCCAUGUCGCUUCUGCAGCACAAGAUCCACGGCCGCCCGCUGACGUCCAUGAUCCCCGGCCGCGAGGACGCCGACAGCAGCAGCAGCGACGUGGACAUGGACUCCAGCGAAGCCAGCGACAAGGCCCCCGAGCGCCCCGCGUGGUCCGCGUACCGUUCGCCCUUCGACGGGCUCGUGGCCGCCGCGGCCUCCAACCAGGACGACAACGACAGCUACUCGUCGUCCAACAGCAGGCCCAUCUCGAUCCCCAUGCGCGGUGGCAGCAGCUCGAUGCGGUAUCGCGAGCACUCGUCGUCUUUCGACCGCACCUACUCGUCGUCCUACGGCAAGAAGCACAAACCGAGCAGCCUGUCGCGCGUGCAGGAGGACGAGUCGUUCCUGGGCCGCGAAUGCAGCCCCACGGGCGUCGAGGAGCAGGAGGACACGUGGUACGACAGCGACUACAAGCAGCGGAUGCGCCUGGCGUCUGUGUGCUCGUCCGAAGGCAGCGAGUACGGCGGACUGGGCCGCCAGCACCUGGAGGAGUUCAUCCGCAUGGAGAUCUCGGCGGCCAACGAGAGCGAGCAGCACAGGGAAGGCUCCUCACCCUCGACCGAGGGCAAGUACAUCGGCAGCUACUCGCCCGAAGCCCGAAGAAAACGCAUCGAGCGCUUCCUCGAGAAGCGCAAGCGCCGCGUGUGGGCCAAGAAGGUCGACUACGACGUGCGCAAGAACUUUGCCAACUCGCGCUUGCGUGUCAAGGGGCGCUUCGUGAAGAAGGAGGACGAGGAGCUGCUGUGUCAGCUCCUGAGCUACACGUGA